UUUGUGUGAGAGUUGGAGGUUGGGCAGGAGUGUUGGGUAGUGGGACGAAAAGGUAGCCUGUAGUCGGGGUAGGGCAAAGUCAACAGCCUUUUCUUUCCCCCCACCCACCCCCCCCUCCCGAUCAUAUAUUCUGAUCGCGGGGCUUAAUCAUGACUCGAGUCAGUUAAUUUAAAAAGAAAGUUGCUGCCAGUUCGGUAUUGAGAGUUUAAAAGUGUGUAUGUGUGUCCCUGUCUGUAAAUCAGAGUUUGCAUAUCACUGCAACAAAAAAAAAUAGCGUGGGACUGAUUGGGGGAGGAAGAGCAGGAGUGGUAGCUGAUCUAUUUCUCUUUCAUUUUAAAAUUUAAAUCCCUGAUUUUUCGGAACCCACUGGCUUUUUUUGAAUCAGAAGGAAGCAUUAACUAGAAUUGCCACCAAAGGGACUUGUAAUCUGCGGAAGUUACAUUUUUUUUCUCUCUUCGCCCUCUCUCUCCCUGUGUGAGAGAAGCGGGGCAGCAAGCAGCCGGCUUCCCGCACACGGAGCCGGGACUCCAGCCAGCGAGGCUCUUUUUUUUCCCCUCCUGAGUGAUGCUUUGUGUCGCGCUGUGUGUCCGCAAAUUUUCACAAUCACCAUGAGCAUGGCCAACGACACAUACGCAUUUGUAAAAGACAUUAAGCCAGGAAUGAAAAAUUUAAAUGUCAUCUUUAUUGUUCUGGAAAUAGGUCGAGUUACCAAAACUAAAGAUGGACACGAAGUGAGGUCGUGCAAAGUAGCUGAUAAAACUGGCAGCAUCACAAUUUCAGUGUGGGAUGAGGUUGGAGGUCUAAUUCAGCCUGGGGAUAUCAUCCGCUUGACAAGAGGCUAUGCUUCAAUGUGGAAAAACUGCCUAACACUCUAUACCGGGAGAGGUGGUGAUCUUCAAAAAAUAGGAGAGUUUUGUAUGGUAUAUUCAGAAGUACCCAACUUUAGUGAACCAAAUCCAGAAUACCUCAACCAGCUGAACCAAACAAACAAAGUUGCACAAAGUGAACAUAGAAACAAUUCUCCUCCUAGUCAACUGGCUACAAAUGGACAGAUGCAAGCAGGAAAUGGCUCACAAUGUGGGCCAUUGCAAGGGGGACUUCCCCCAUCAAGCAAUAACCAUCAACAACAGAAUCCUAACUUUGUAGGUGGCGGAAGACCCAAUGGACGGGGACCAAUAAGUCAGCCACCGAUGACUCUAGCGCAAGGAUCUGCAGCAGUCACCACUGUUAGCAAUGGAAGAGACCCACGUAGAGCAUUCAAAAGAUGAUGUGCCAUAUGUAUAUAUCAGCCUUGUCAACUCUACGCCUACUUGAACCCACUCGAUGCACUUUUAUUUUUGCAUAACUGAGUUUGUAUGUUUUUGUUUUAAUCCUCUUAAUUCAGAUGGGAUUUUGAACUGUAAAACAUUUGGCUCAAUAGUUGAGGUGUCUUGCAGUGUUCAAGCUGCACAAAACUUAUUUUGAGCUGAAAAUGAGUUGUGAAAGUAGAGGUGAUUGUGUUGAGAGCAGUGGGGGAAAAGAAAUUAGGUAAAAUGUCAAUAAAAUGCCAUUAAAUUACUGAUAGCAUGUAGUGAAAGGUAUUCUGUCACCUUACUGUCAUUGGGUGUGUUCAUGUAUCCUGUGCUAAAUUUACAAAGGAGAUAUCUCUCCAAUUGGUUUAUCAGAGUGCAGGAAGUUGCCAUUAUGCUGUAAUGAUGUUUUAAAGCUGCUUUUCACUAAAAUUACUAACUUCCAAAGAUGAGAGCUUAGCUUUCCUGUAUAGUCUGUCAUCCCCAGCCAGAGUAGCGGUCUGAUUGUAAUGGUUUGCUUCUGGUUUAAAGAAGGUGGGAGGGGGUAAAAUAACAGCCAGUCUCAUUCAGGCUACUGAGCAGUGCCUCUUGCUGGAGGAGAGCAGGAUGGAGGUUGAAAUAUCAUAUCCAAUCAUGUUUUACUGUUGAAUAGCCUGCUGCCAAGUUGAGGAAUGUCACUAAGAACACAAGAUGGCUGGCAUCUAUUACUUUAUCUGUCUUUGAAUUCCUUUUAAUGUUGGGGAAGAUACUGAGAAAAUGCCAUUGGACUAUUUUUAAAAGCCAUAGGUCAAAGCAUACAUGCAAAGGUAUUCUGCAAUUGCACUUUAAUUGGGCAUCAGUUUUGCAUUGACACCGAUGCAGUUUAACACUGGAUCUGAGCUGACAGGCUGUUACUACUGUCACUACAGAAAUGUUUACGAUUUGUAAAUGUGUAACUGCUCAUUUUUAGGUCAGAUUUUAACAUGUCUGCUUACAUAGUAGUUUUAAUGAGCACAUACACCAAUGUCAAUGAGAGUUUUAAUAUCUCAAACCUUACAGUAUGUUAAGAUCAUUUGAUUUAUUUCUUUGCUUCCUGCCCAAGUGUUCUGUGCAAUUUUAAACUAUGAUCCAAGCCUAACUUUAGAUAUCUAAUUACAGCAUUGCUGCUGUAAUUCCACCACUUAGGGGUGGGGAAGUUUUUCCCCUGUCUGAGCCAGCACUUCAUUUCUGUGGGACCUGGACUGUAUGAAUUAGUUACCACACUUGCUGCAUUGUGGUGGUGACUACAACUCAAAAGUAGUUCAUUGGUGGCCUGAAGAGAAGAAUGAUGCUAUGCAAUUUCAAGUUUUCUACUUUAUACCUAUUUGCACAAAGGUAUACAAUGAAUCUCUAGUGUGUUGUUUGUCAGUCUGUAUUUUUGGGUGAAUAAAAGUCUUUCACCUGUAUGUUUUAAGGGGACUGGGACAGCCUUUAAACUUUUUAAAAUCAAUACCAAGCUGCUCAAUUUAAACCCCUUUAAAGGGAUUGUUGAUUUGUUUUUACAGAAUGUGAUCUGGUAAAGCUAGGGCCUAAUUGUAAAAGUUAGGAGAAACUAGCAUUUUAAAUUUCUUAAAGGUUAAGUUUGAGUGUAUUUAUUACAAUUGUUUUCCUUAAACUUGGGUUUUCUGUUACAAUACUCUGUUUGAGUACAUUGCUGCAGAAUUUCUGCAGCAAUCAGAAGUAGCAAUGAUGCCACCAUUUUGUGAAGAACCAAUGCGUUUGAACAGAGGAAAGAAUUGCUAAACUACACUCUCUCUCUUAAAAAAGGGGAGGUUAUUUAAAUGUUUGUACGCUCUUAGCUUUCGUUCCUGCCCCUUCCAUGUUCCUAACCUCUGUCUGGCACCAAUCUUCCCACUCCCAUGUUCACUAGCGUGGUUUUAGCAAUUCUGCAUUUAUUAGGCAUCUAACUAAAUCUCUAUUAUUUGAAAACUUUUAGAAUUUUCUGAAUCAGCUGAGUAGCAAAUAACAAUUCUUUCCUCUGGUCAAAUCUAAUAUUGGUGAUUAUUGCUGGCUUUGAUGCUGAUAGCUUUCUUUCCCCAUCCCCAUCCCCAUCCCCUCUACAAGUACCACCUCCUCGUUUCAGAACCCCCUCUCUCGGACCAGUCGACUUCCGUCAGGCAUAUUAGAUUCUGCCCUGGAGUAGGAUUUUUGGUUGUGACACAAACCAUGAAGUUAGUUUGUAACUGACCUGGUCUUUCUAGACCUAAAUUCUCUGAACUUGAAUUAGAAUCAAAGCUUGGGCCUUUCCCGAUGAGGAUCUCUCUCCAGCUCACAUCGAACCGCCAACAUUUUUCUUUUGCACUAUGUUUCUGAUGUAUUUUUACAUAAGCAGUUGACAGUUUUGAGAGCAAAGACUUUUAUGCCUUGAUUUUACAUGUACAGUGCAACAAAUAGGCUUGCUCCCGAGCCUAGAUGAAACUGAGGAGUGACAUUGGGAAUGCUUUCUGUACGUUUCCAGUGCAUGGGCCAUACCGGGCUUCACGUUGGGACAGAAGACGUGUAUUGAUGUGCUUUAUUUUUAGCGGUGCUUCUAAUUUGUUUUGGAUUUUUUAAAAAAAAAAACUUGCUCCUUGUUUAUUUGGUGGGUGACUGGGUGCUGGUAGCAAGUCCUCCAGCUCCACACUGUUAUCUUUCUUUUUCCUUCCGUUUCCCUUAGAAGUGUCAAAAUGUGCUUGGUGAUUUUCUGUAAAGAUUUGAAGACGGGUUCAA